AUGCCCCCGACUUCUGCAUACAACACCAUCGAUGCCUCGAGCCCGCCGGACAUCACGUUUGAUGCGCCCCAGCAGGCAUGCUCUGGCAUGGCGAUAUGGUAUCAAGGAACUGUAGCUGACGGAUUGCAACAGAACGACCGUGUCGCCAUUCUCCAGCCUACCCUCCACCCUACUUCCGAGGAGCUGGCCAUCGGCAAUGUGCGCUUCACUACCUUCGACCUGGGUGGUCACCAGCAGGCCCGCCGCCUCUGGAAGGACUACUUCCCCGAAGUUAACGGCAUCGUCUUCCUCGUCGACGCCAAGGACCACGAGCGGUUCGCCGAGUCCAAGGCCGAGCUCGAUGCCCUCCUGUCGAUGGAGGAGCUGGCCAAGGUCCCCUUUGUCAUCCUCGGCAACAAGAUUGACCACCCCGACGCCAUUUCCGAGGAGGAGUUGCGUCACCAGCUCGGCAUGUACCAGACGACGGGCAAGGGCAAGGUGCCUCUGGAGGGCAUCCGGCCGAUUGAGGUCUUCAUGUGCUCGGUUGUUCUGAGACAAGGCUACGGCGAUGGUAUCCGGUGGCUCUCGCAGUACGUCUAA